CUGCAAUAGUCCGAAUUUAUUUAUCACUUCGUAAAUAUUGGUGGCCAUUUUAAAUUUGGUAAAGUUUUCUAAACUCAGCCUUUGUAAUGUAAUGCUUCAUAUAUUCAAAGAAAUAAAUUUUCCAAAAUCUUUACAAUCGUUUAAUGUUGGAAUAAAAAGGUAUUUUACUCCUGAUGCAUUGAGUUCUUAUAAACGUGGUGCGGGUGGACGAUCUUCAUUUAAUGGAGUUGUUGCUACAGUAUUUGGUCCCAAUGGCUUUGUAGGAGAAACGCUUGUAAAUGUUUUGGGCAAAGAAGGCACACAAAUGAUUAUAGCACAUCGUUGUGAUUUUAACUGGAGUGAUAGACUGAAAAUUUAUGGUGAUUUGGGACAAAUUUUAUAUUGUCAUUAUCAACCUAAUGAUGUUGAUGAAUCAAAUCUUUAUAAGGCUAUGAAAUACUCUAAUGUUGUUGUAAAUUUAAUAGGUACUCUUUUUGAGACUAAUAAUUAUUCCUUUGAAGAGACCCACAUCGAAAUCCCACGUCGCUUGGCUCGUAUAGCCCGGGAGUGUGGAGUAAAUAAGUUUAUACACGUAAGCCACAUCGCAGCCCGUUCUGACCCUCUCGGUCCCUCUCUUCUGUCUUCGCCGGCCUCUCAUAGAAUUCUUAAAACUAAAGCAUUGGGCGAGGAAGCUGUUUUGAAUGAGUUUCCCGAAGGUGCCAUCAUUCUAAAGCCUUCGACACUUUUCGGUUUUGGUGAUAGAUUUUUUUCCCUGUAUGCAAACGCAAAACGACGUAGUGGACGUGUUUUACUUCCGCUUUGGCGGCGCGGGGAGGCUACUAUCAAGUCCCCACUUUACGUGUUUGAUUUAGCUCGAGCUAUCGCGCGUAUAGCUUCCCCACUAACACCACGCGAAAUCGUUGUAGGCAAACGCUUCCAUCUGACGGGCCCACAGGCUUACACUCUAGCGGAGCUAUGCGAUUGGAUGCAUCAGCUAAUUCACCUUGAACCUGAAGUAUCGGGAUACACUCGUACUGAGUUGGAUCUCAUGAUUUGGAUCAAGACUAAGCUACCGCGUAUUAAAUUUUUUGUCCCUCCUUUCAUAACACCCGAAGCCCUGGAAUACGAAUUCGUAUCGGAAGAGCCCGAACUUGGUGAUCUUAAUUUUGCCGAUUUGGGAAUAACUAAUCUAGUUGAAAUUAAUAGCGUAGGUCCAUAUUGUCUCUUUAAUUUUAGGAUAGAUGGAAAUUUUGACAGGGUUUAUGCAGGAGACAAUUACGAGAAUCAGUUGCCUCCUCUUGAAUAUCCUCCACCUAGACCUUUAUAUAAUAUAUAAUACCCGGCUGUAUUUUUUGAUACCCAAAUAAUAAUUAUAAUUGUGAAAUUUUUUCAUUGUGCCACAAUUUCAAUUUUUGAUGUGAUCAAUAUUUUAUGUGAAUGGUUAUUGUUUAUUAAUUGUUGGUAUCAAUUUUUUUAUUAUAAUUUUUAUAAACGCCAACGAAUAUA